AUGAAGAUACUUUUAAUUCUCCUUAUAUUUGUCUUUUCAUCCUUUAAAAUUUCUACUUCACAAAAAAGAGAAACUGAAGAAGCUCUUCUCAAAUGGAAAACCAGCUUCAUUAACCAAAACAAUCCUCUACUAUCUUCAUGGUCACUUGAUAAUCAUAACCGGAACACGAAUUUUAGUACACUAUGCACAUGGUAUGGUGUUCGUUGCAACGAUCAUGGGAACGUAGAAAGGCUCAACCUUACGGCUUCUAGAUUGAACGGUACACUUGAUCAUUUCGCGUUUUCGUUAUUCACUAACCUUACACAUUUAGACCUUAGCAAAAAUGGGCUUUUUGGUUCCAUCCCAGAUGAAAUCAAAUAUCUUUAUAAACUUGUGUUUCUUGAUCUUUCGAAUAAUCGUUUUUCUGGAACAAUUCCUCAAGAAAUUGGAAUGUUAACAAAGCUAGAAACUCUUUCAUUGUAUUCCAAUCCUCUAGGAGGUAAUAUUCCUUUUUCUUUAAGAAAUAUGAGCAAUUUAGUUUAUCUAAGUGUGAAUGAUAAUAAGUUGUCUGGCCCUAUUCCUAGAGAGAUUGGAAAUCUAAUCAAUCUAGUGAAGGUCAAUAUAUCGUUUAACUGCCUAACAGGACCGAUACCAUCUAGUCUAGGAAAUCUAAGCAAGCUGUCUGAAUUGUAUCUUUAUCAAAACAAUCUUUCGGGUCUGAUUCCACCAUCUUUAGGAAAUUUGAGCUCGUUAAGGAUAUUAUAUGUAUAUAUGAACGAACUUUCUGGUCGAAUCCCUCAGGAGCUAGGAAACAUGAAGAAUCUCAUUGGGUUACAAAUAGGCCACAAUAAGCUCACGGGUUCCCUCCCCGGUUCUCUUAGCCAACUGCACAAGUUAGAGAUAUUGGAUGUACAUGAAAACUUUCUUUCGGGUGUCAUUCCACCAGAAUACGGAAAGUUGGAGUCUUUGAUUCAACUUUCCCUCAGCCACAACGAGUUUAGUGGUCAAAUCCCGGUUUCAAUUGGUAAUCUGAGCAAGUUAGAGCAGUUAUACCUUAAUGACAAUAAAUUUAAUGGUUCUAUUCCUGAAGAGUUGGGGAACUUGAGCUCUCUUGUUGAGAUGAUCUUGCUCCUUAAUCGGCUAAGAGGUCAGAUCCCAGAUUCACUUGGUAACCUCAAAAACUUGGAGCAAUUUGCGCUUCAUGACAACCGAUUUUCGGGGUAUUUUCCUGAAACAAUUAGCAAUUGCAAAAAGCUAAAAUAUUUGACUUUGAGCAAUAACUCGAUGAUAGGUCCCAUCCCUCAAUCGGUUUGCAAUUUGAAGUCCUUGGAGAUUCUUGACCUGGGGAGUAACCAAUUUAGUGGUGUGAUUCCGCAAUGUUUGGGUAAUUUCAGCCAUGCGCUCAAAGUGCUAGAUCUUCGGAUGAAUGAUUUCCAUGGAAAUGUUCCCAGAACAUUUCUUGAGAAAAACAACAAGUUAGCAAGUGUAAACUUCAACAGGAAUCGACUUCAAGGCUCGAUUCCUAGGUCUCUUAUGAAUUGUAAAAAUCUUGAAGUUCUAGAUUUUGGAAAUAACUUGUUAAUGGGUGGAUUUCCUCACUGGAUUGAUACACUUCCUGAACUCAAAGUUCUUGUCUUGCAAGGUAAUAAACUCGGAGGAAAAUUACCCAUAUCCAACACCAAAAGCCCAUUUCCAAAGCUGCGGAUCCUUGACUUAUCUAGCAACAACUUCACAGGUCUUCUUCCAUCGAGUUACUUCAAGAAAUUUAAAGGGAUGAUGGAUAUCGAUGUAGACCUGUCAAGACCACUAUAUAUGGGAGGAAACUUGUCAAUGUAUGAAGAUAGAGUAGAGCUAGUGGUGAAAGGAAGGAGACAAGAACUAGAGAGGAUCCUUGUAGUUUUCACUACCAUAGAUCUUUCGGGUAACAAAUUUGAAGGUGAGAUUCCUGACACCCUCGGAGGGUUAACUUCACUUCUGUUCCUCAAUCUAUCUCAUAAUACUCUCACGGGAGGAAUCCCGGUACACCUGAGCAGGCUUUCACAGCUUCAAGCGUUAGAUCUUUCGUCUAACAAGAUGGUAGGUGAAAUUCCUAUGCAACUAGCAUAUCUGACCUUUCUUUCUGUUGUAAAUUUUUCGCAAAAUCACCUUCAAGGACGCAUACCUCAAGGAGGACAGUUCAAUACUUUUGGAAACAGUUCGUAUUUAGGAAACAAUGGAUUAUGUGGGUUCCCAUUGACAAAGGAGUGUGGAGAAGAUGAAGUUCCGUUGUCACCCACUCCUGAAGAAGACGAUGAAGACUCGACAUUCUUUGAUGGAUUUACUUGGGAAUCUGUUGCAAUGGGGUAUGGAUUUGGGAUGUUAUUGGGAUUGGGUAUUGGAUGCCUAAUGUUUUAUUCGGGAAGGCCUAAAUGGGUUAUUAGGUUCACUGAAAGACAACAUUUCAGAUAUGGAAGAAAAUCGAGAAAGAGGUCCUGGAAUAACAGGUUUGGAAGCUAG